UCCAAGUAAAAAAAAUAUUUCUUUCUUUCAUUCGUCGGUUUCUCUCCGUCUGACGACCAGUCUCUUGCAAGAGAGGGAAUCCCUGUACUGGGAAUGCCACCACCCCCUGGAUCCGAUAAGGGUGGAUCCAGCGUCUCUUCUCUUCCAUCACUUCUCCCAUUCAAGUUUUCCUUCAUCUGAGAUGUGGUUCAUACUCUACACAGUGGGAUUCGUCGCUUCGGUGCUCUACGUCUAUUCCUUCUUCAGGCGCCGGCUGUUCGCCUCGUUCAUGGAGCACAUCACCUCGAAACCGAGCCCAAAAAUCACGGCCAUGAAGAAAUCCCUAUUCGAGUCGAUGAAGGAAAUCGUCUCCUCGGACCCGGAAUCGAAACGAUCCGGCCGCUUCCGUCUCCUCGAGAUCGGGCCCGGGACGGGGACCAACUUCGAAUUCUACCCGUCGAACGCCAAGCUCAGCGUGCUGGAACCGGAUCACAGCUUCAAGGACUACUUCGCGAGGAACAAGCAGAAGUUCCCCCACUUGGAACUGGAGAAUUUCUACGAGGGCUGGGCGCAAGACAUGAAGCAAGUGCGGAGUGGGAGCAUAGAUGCCGUCGUGUGCACACGCGUUUUGUGCAGCGUCCCCGUUCGCAAAACCGGUCCGUUUCUGGCCGAGGUCAAGAGGGUCCUCGCUCCCAAAGGGAGGUUCUAUUUCGUGGAACACGUGGGAGACAGGCCAGGUACGAUCCUGAGGUGGAUCCAGAACGCCCUUCGGGCGACGUUUCUUUACGGAUUCCUGACUUGCGGCUGCAUUCCGAAUAAGAGCACCGACGAGGACGUGAAAAGAGCCGGCUUCUCCAGCACGGAUGCGACGAGGUUUCACGUGGAAACGGAUGCUCCCGUUUGGACUCUGAAGGGCUUCUUCCUGCGUCUCAUUGCCUCUCACGUCGCGGGCGUCGCGGGCAAGUGAGGCGUGCAUUUCUUGGCGGUUUACCGGUUUACUGCUUUUCCGUUGGCUUCGUUUUGCUGGCUCUUCAGUGGAGGAAAUUUUUUUUUCGAAAUCAUUGAUGGAAAAAAAAAACCAAUUCGGAUGAAGGUAGUUGGGAGACUGGGGCGGUUCAGUCGUUAUCGUAGCAGAAUCGGUUAUGGGGCGACUGGAACCUUAUUAUUAUUUUUGCCCAGCGAAGAUUGCAAUUUCAGUGCAGAAGACCUUCCCGUAUGCGAAUCGUUUCAUCGAUUGGGGAUCAUCGUAGUGAACAAUACCCAUAACCAGACGACUUUGGAUCACUAGUUCCUUCAAUAAAGG